UUUAUAUUUCAGGUUCUUGUUACACUGAGAUACCUGGCUAAAGGUAGCUUCUACUCGGAGGUAGCAGACCUUCAUGGUGUAAGCAGGAGUAGUGUCUGCCAUGCAGUCGAGUCAGUUGUCACAGCUAUUAAUGACAAAUUAGACACCAUAAGAUUUCCCUUGGAAAGCCUGAAUUGUACAAAGUACAGUUUCUACAACAAAUGCGGGUUGCCAAAUGUCAUAGGAGCAAUUGACGGAACGCUUAUUCCUAUACAGGCCCCAGCAGAAAAUGAGGCAGCAUAUGUUUGUAGGAAGGGGUUUCAUGCCAUAAAUAUGCAAGCUGUUGUUGACAGUAAUAUGAGAUUUCUGGAUAUUGUUGCAAGGUGGCCUGGAUCUCAACAUGAUUCUUUCAUCUUCAACAAUUGUGGAUUGAAGGAUGUUUUGGAGUCUGCUGAUUUAGGAUAUCUCCUUGGAGACAGUGGUUAUCCACUCAGGAGUUAUCUUAUGACACCAAUCUUAAAUCCUUCAUCAGUCGCUGAAGUAAACUUUAACAAUCAUCACAGUUCUGGCCGUUCUGUUGUAGAAAAGGCUUUUGGGGUUCUUAAAUCCAGAUUCAGGUAAUAUAUAUACAUGUAAAUACCUAGUAAG